GGCUCCAGUGACAGUGCUUGGCUUACAUUUGUCUGUAUUCACUUAGAUCCAAAGGACCAACCAUCAAAACGAAAAACCCCGGAGAGUGAAAUGUACGUUGAGGAUCAAAAGGGACAGAAAUUCACCGCAGAGGAGGGCAUUAGUCUCCAUAAGGAAAAUCCAACAAACCACACAAUUUCUCAACAUCUUCCGACGAUCGCAGACUGUACAGGUAAACUCAUUGAAGAGUUAAACGUUCAUCUAAAAGGUCAAAGAGAAGCAAUCAGACCAGAAAAUGAUACAAAGUCCAACAGUCCAUGCUGA